UUACUCUCCCCUGCAUAACCUAAAAUUAUCAGAUUAUUUAACAUUAAAGGAAUAAGGAAGAAGUUUCAUGAUCUAACCACUUUUGGGUUUAUAAUAGUUGUAAUGGAUAUAAAGAUUGAAUUUGGAGGCGGGGCAGAACUUUUGUUUGGGAACCAAAAAAGUCACCAAAUAUCAUUACCUGAAAGAAAUCCACCAUGGACGUUGGGCGAUUUAAUAAUUUGGAUUAAAGACAACCUACUAACAGAACGUCCUGACCUUUUUUUACAAGGUGAUACAGUGAGGCCUGGGAUAUUAGUAUUAGUCAAUGACACAGAUUGGGAGUUAAUGAGCACCACUGGAUAUAGGAUACAGCCAAAUGACAGCAUAUUGUUUAUAUCAACUUUGCAUGGUGGUUAAUUCUGUAACUUAUUCCUCACUUUUUAUAAAUAUUUUUAGGUUACUAAAGUCAAUUUAUUAUACAUUUAAGUUAACUUCUCAACAUUCGUUAUUUGUGAUCCCAUGUAACUGAAGAAGUUCUGGAACAUAACUUGAUGCUUCAGUUUAACAACUUUCAUAUUUAAAGUAAAGUUGUGUCAAUGGUGAUUGAUUCGGUCAUACCAAAUUGUAACAAAUUGAAUUCGCCUUGCGGAAUAUGAUUCAUUUGGAUGGUUUAAUUUUGAACGAAAUAUCUAUUUCCACACAGAGGCAUAAAAAGCUCCUGAGGAGAUAGGGUCCGUUAGUAGGCGGCUCAGAGCACAGAAAAACAAAAGACAAACAGGC